CUUGACAUUUUCGGUUGCAAUAAGAAUUGCACACACAGAACGAACUGUUUAGACGCUUCGUGGUAAUCUAACGUAACGCACACUUUUUGAAUUCUUUACCAGAAGCCGUCAUAAGCAACACUAACAUAAAUACAAAUUUUACAAAAUGGGUGAUGGGGAAUAUGACAAGGAACAAUUGAGAAUUCUUCGAAAUGCUUUCAAAGCAUUCGACCAUGAUGGAGCAGGAUGGAUCGAACACGCCGAUGUAUCUAGCAUUCUUGAAAUCUUAGGUCAAAAAUUGGAACCGCCAGCUGUAAAGGCUCUCAUUAAGGAGGUAGAUAAGGGCACUUCAGGAAAAUUGGAUUUUAGUCAGUUUUGUAAGCUGGCCGCUCGCUUCAUUGAAGUUGAAGAAGAUGUAGGAGCACUCCAAAAUGAGUUGAAAGAAGCUUUUCGAGUAUACGAUAAAGAAGGAAAAGGUUAUUUAACCGUUGCCACGUUGCGAGGAAUACUUCAUGAACUGGAUGAUAAACUGUCGAACCAGGACUUAGAUAUGAUAAUAGAAGAAAUCGAUGCGGAUGGUUCCGGUACUGUUGAUUUUGACGAAUUUAUGCAGGUUAUGACAGGUUAACCUUUAACAGUGUAUAAUCAAAGGCGGCCAAUGGACCUUAUAUUUAGUGUGGCUUUUUGUUAUAUAAUUUAUUAAAUUACAUUGUAUUUUUGCUUUAUUUAAUUAUUUAACUAUACGGUGCUUUCUAAAAAACUUAAA